ACUUUUUGUUUUUAAACUGAGGCUUUUGGCCAUGGCAGGGGCCACAUUUCCCUGUCCCUAGUCCCCACAGCUCUCUGCUACUUGACUAUGUGUUCCAGAAGGGAGACACAGGACUCACGCAGGGGCCCGAACUAUUAGGCUCCCGUCUGUAUUCCUGGGUUGAGGUCUAGGCUGAAAGCCAUGCAGUGAACCCUUAAGGGAGCAGGGGAGAGGGGUUAAGCAGGACUCCUGGGAGCCAAGGAGGGGACUCCUGUUGCCUUGGGGGCUGUCUGUCAGAGCUGGGUGAGUGUCAGCCUUCCUCCCAGAGAGGAAUUUGCUAUGAGUCUUAAUGGUAGCUGGGCACCAGUCUAGAGCAUAAUGAAAUUGGUUAGGAGUUUAGAGUUUGGCUCCAGGAUGCCAUGUGACCAUAAGCAGGGUUAUUUCUGGAAAUGCCCAUUUAUUUUAGAAGGCCCAUCUAUGGGUGUGCUAGGCAGAGCUGGCCCCCUGCAUGGGCCGUGAAGGAUUCCAGUGAGCAGUGUUGGAAGCUGCUGGUUCAACUGAUGAAGACAAAGAAGGGUCCAGCAUGCACCGGGGCCUCCCUCUGGACAGCUGUGUCUCCAGAUACAUCCCAGAUCUUCUGUACUUCACUUUGUCAUGCCAUCCACCCAGUAUCCACACAGAUGUUGUCUUCUAGAUGGCAGGAUGCCUCCUCCAGGGUCCCUUGCCUCUCUCUCCCUCCCAGACAACCACACAGUAGUGAUAGACCUUCUUAGGAACUUGAGUCAGGGUCAGAUGGCAUCUCUUGCCUGGAAACACUAGGGUCUCCACUGUUCUUGGAGAAAAGUCUAUGCCAUCUACCACAGCUUCAGUGCUGAGGCUCCCCAUCUUCUCCCCCUCGAAGUAGCCAGCAUCAUGUGUUGUGUGUAAUUUUUAAAACACAUAAGCUCUUUCUCAAGAGCUCUACUCGAGCUCCCUCAACCUCUCCCAGCUAGCUCCACCAAGCCACCAGUGACCGUCCCCGGCUGUGCCUUUUCUCCUGCCCACCUUAGUCACCAUGGAUGGAAAUCACCAGACAGCCUUCAUAUUUUAAAACUAGCCAGAUAACUCAAUGGCUGGGUGAAGACUAUCCUGCCCCAUCCUCUUUGACCUGCACCCACGGUGGAGGCUACAAACUGUAGGUGCCCCAGACCUAUGUGUUGGCCGCUUCCUCCACUCCACCGCCUCUCUCCUCCCUCUGGUCCCUUCCCUUCCUCCUGUGACCCAGAAGUCCCACUUUUUCCCCUUUGCCCAGCGAUUGGCUUCCACCUCCUUUAUUGACACAAUCAAGAACCAAUUAGGGAAUCAAUACCUCCCCCUACAACCCUGUCCUUCUGGGUCUUGCCCCUACAAGAUCCCCCUCUUACUUCAGACUUCAGCACCUGUGUCCUUAGCUCUUCACGUGAAUACCACCUCAUUGCUCAGUCAGGGCCUACUGCAGGCGGCUGCUCUAGGGGUCUCCUGGUCUUCCUCAGGCCUUGGCUGCCACGCUAACCCUAGCAGCUCAUCAGACCAAGGCAGCGGGUGCUGCUGUCCCCGGGCACUUACUGAACCUUUCUUUUAACAUCUCCUUUCCCUUCUGGACUAUGGACUAGCAAGCACCCUUCUAGAAGCAGAAGGUGGAUUCACAGCUUUGCCAGAGAGGUGCGGGCAGUUGGUGAGGGUGUGCAUUGGCCAUUGCUGGUCUUGGCUCAUGGGCCUUCAGAUGGCUUCCCAUAAAGAUGGCUGUGCUUCUACUGUGGGCCAGAGUGGUCUGAACGUCUGAAUCCUGCAGGUAUAGGGUCCAGGCUACCAGGCUAUUACCUGGCUUGUGCCCUGUCCCGGGGGGGUCUUUGAGUCAGAUGUGUUAUUCUUAAAAAUCACCCACCCCAUGCCCACAACCACAAAGGUUUAGUCUAUACAAAGCCCUUAUAGUGAAUGUGAGGAAAUCAGGUUUUGUAAAGAUAACGGAAAUCUCGUGUCUGUGGCCACUGAGCCAUCUGCGGACCUUUUCCUGGCACUGCCCCCCCACCCCCCAGAGGCUCCCAGUAUGUAGGGCUUUGAAAAAGUGCAGCCCAGGCAGCACCCACAGAUCUCCUUCCAGUUUUUUACCUUGGCGUCUGUUUGGGUGGUUUUCCUGGAUACAGCAUCCAGAGUAAUUCCGAGCCCAGGUAUUGGUGCAGCCUCAGGUCACUCACUGGGUUUUGAGCCUAUGACUGUUCCCCAGCUGGUUCAGAGCCGACUCCUGUGGGAUAUUUGUCUGUGUUGCUCUCCACUCAGUGGGUGGGCAGGGGGACUUGAAGUUCCUGGGCACUGCAUUUCUCUGAAGCCUGGGAGGGCUGUGAGGGGCUGGUGUAGCAUUCGGACUGUCUGCUGCCACUCCUCUGUUCCCAGCUAGGAAUCUCUGAGGGUGGCUUUCACUUCGCUGCUGUUGGCAGGUUCAGAAUCCUGCCUUUCAGACUCCUGCUUAGAGCUGGGCCUUCCAGCUUCACCCUGCCCAGGGCCAGGGAGGACAGCUACAGCUGCAGAUCUGCUUUGACUCCUUUGGAAGGACAGGAUGAGCUAGCUCACUGGGGCAGAGACUGUUCUCAGGCUCCAAGGUCAGCACAAAGCCCUGAAGGUUGCUGGGGCCACUAGGACCCAGUGUUCUGUCCCAGCUCAGCCGGUUGCUCUGAGCCAUGGGUUUGGGUAGUCACAGGAGGGCGUACGGUGGUGGUGGUGGGGUGCUCUCUGCAGAGACCACAACCCUCUCCUGCUCCUGAAUACAGCAGGGUUGAGUUGAACCAUAAAGCAUUCUAGGGGUGCCAGUUCAAAGUCAUUUAUAACUGCCGAGGUUAGAUUAGGCCCAGAGCCUGCAGGGUAGGGGUAGUGGUAGGGGUAGGGUUAGGUGAAGGGGUUAGUUGCCGUCCCUGCGAACCUCCGCAGCUCUGCUGUGGUCCCAGAGCUAUAGUCACACCCCCUCACACCUUGUGACUGUUGUUUCCUGCCACUGUGUACAAACAAGGCUGUGUUGGAGGAAACAGGUGUCUUAUCAGGUCACAGGAGCGUCACCACCCCCCAACCGUACAGUGCUCAGAUUCUUGAGGAAAACCCUUCUGCCUCUGCAGGUGGGGAUGGACGGGGAAGCCAGGUGGGGAGGAUCCUGCUUUAGCGUGAAGAGGAAAAGCAUUUAGUCUGGAAGGUACAUCCUCUGCCGUAGAUACGCUGCUUCCCAGCUGGAUAGCCCUGGGAACGUCACCCACCACCUCUGAGAGCAAAGAUAGGAGGGCUCUGCUCUUUGGGGGAUGAGACAUGUGAAGUCUGAAGUUGAGCAGAAACUACACUGGAGGCCUGGGACUAGGACAGGCUGCUGUGGACCCUUGUACCUCAGGCUGGGCUGGGGUCCCCCAGGCAGCCACCAUCCCCUAGGAACAGUGCCUGCUAGAACCUUGACUCCACACUCUGUAUUUUUGAGUCACAUGAAUGGGAGGUUAUCACUGCCCACCAGAGUUCAGUCCUUGGAAAGACAAAGAGCUGUUCCCCGAGAGCCCCAGCUCUUCUCCAGCGUGCUGCUCAGCUGGAUCAAAUGCAUACGGGUGAAAGGCUGCGGGGGCAGCUGCUGAGGCUUCCUGAAAGAAGAGGCGUCCGCAGGGGCGAGUGGGAGGACGUCCUGGGUGGGGCGCAGCAGAGCAGCGGAGAGAGGCCUAGGUGGCUCUCGCAUCACCGGGACAGACCGCACCCUGGGGUCCUUGAGGAAGCAUAACAAGCCCGGCCAGCCUCCACAUGGCGUCCCCCAGCUUUCUCCACUCUACGAACAUUUCAGCAGUCCACACCCCACCCCUGCACCAGCGGACAUCAGCCAGAAGCAAGGAGUUCACAGGCCGCUGCAGACCCCCGAUCUCUCUGGAUUUUAUUCUCUGACCUCAGGCAGCAUGGGACAGCUCCCCCAUACUGUGAGCUGGCCCAGUCCUCCUCUCUACCCCCUGUCCCCUUCCUGCGGAUAUAGACAGCACUUCCCUGCCCCCACUGCAGCCCCUGGCGCCCCCUAUCCCAGGUUCACCCACCCAUCCUUGAUGCUGGGAUCUGGUGUACCUGGACACCCAGCAGCCAUCCCUCACCCGGCCAUUGUGCCCUCCUCAGGGAAGCAGGAGCUGCAGCCAUAUGAUAGAAACCUGAAAACACAGGCAGAACCCAAGGCAGAGAAGGAGGCUAAGAAGCCAGUCAUCAAGAAACCCCUCAAUGCGUUCAUGCUUUACAUGAAGGAGAUGAGAGCCAAGGUCAUUGCUGAGUGCACACUCAAGGAGAGCGCUGCCAUCAACCAGAUCCUGGGUCGCAGGUGGCAUGCACUAUCUCGAGAAGAGCAGGCCAAGUACUAUGAACUGGCCCGCAAGGAAAGGCAGCUGCACAUGCAGCUAUACCCGGGCUGGUCCGCGCGGGAUAACUACGGAAAGAAGAAGAGGCGGUCAAGGGAAAAACAUCAAGAAUCCACCACAGACCCUGGCUCGCCUAAGAAAUGUCGUGCUCGCUUUGGCCUCAACCAGCAGACGGAUUGGUGUGGUCCGUGCAGGAGGAAAAAGAAAUGCAUUCGGUACUUACCCGGAGAAGGCCGCUGCCCCAGCCCCGUUCCUUCCGAUGACAGUGCUCUAGGCUGUCCCCGGUCCCCAGCUCCCCAGGACUCACCCUCGUAUCUUCUGUUGCCCUCCUUCCCCACAGAACUGCUUGCUAGCCCAGUGGAGCCAGCACCAACAUUCUCAGGUCGCUCUGCAGCUCUCACUCUUCCAGCCCCUAAGUCUCCAAAGACCCCCCACAGCACCCUCCAGAAUCCACAGAUACAGCAACAAGAAUCUCAGAGACAGGCAGCCUAACAGCCUUGGUUGCUAGGCACAGAACACCUGGCUUGCUCCAGGGGCCCACCCCUAACUCAGGAGGAGGCAACAUGACCAGCUCCCAUGGAACCAGCUAGGGGUCCUCUUAAGGUGAUGAAGAUUUCAAAGGCUGCACAACUCCCUGAACCAGGGGCCAUCAAUUCAAGAGGUGGGGGAUUAGAUCUAUGUAGAUGUAUCAUCUUAAGGGGAUCCUGCCGCCUCUGACAGCCAUAUCUCUUGUUAUUGCUGGCUGGACCUCCCUAUUGGCCUAGGAGGUUUUGUUUGCUGUAGGUCAGAUGGGUUGGACUGAUCUCUUCAGCUGCCUACCCUACAAAUGCUUCUCCUGCCCUCUGCCACACCCUCCCCAUGCCAAUACUUCUUGGACCAAGAAUACCUGGUUUGUCACACAAAAUAACUCUGUGGUCAACCAGCCACAAGUCUAAACAAUAAUGCUUCUCUCUUAAACCGAGAAGUUCUGUUUACAAAAACCAGCUGCUGUUCAUAAGCUGGGCCGGAGGAAGCGGCUCCCUGUGUUCUCAGGCGCUUGCAAGAGGAGGGACUAGGAUACGUUUAGGCCUUUCAACCUUGGCACCAACUACCUACUGGUGGGCAAUAGUCAGCUUUCAUUUCAAUCUUUCCCAAGAAGCUCACCAGCAUUAACAACUAGUCAAUAUAGUUGGCCUAAACCCAGUGUGCACCCUUCCUAUCAGGCUCUUCCCAGUUCCAUUUCCAGCUCAUCUGAGUCAGCUCCUGGGCAGCUGUGAGAGGGCAAACCCCAAACCCCCAACAGCCAGAGCCUAUCAGCAUUGAGAACCGGCCAGCUUCAGUUUCUCUGUGGGGCUGCAGGAAGAAAUGUUACUACUAAAGCAAGGAACCCAUAAAACCUCUCUGUGGUGGACAUGGUUCCUUGCCACAUUCUAGAAACUCUUUUUGAGCCAAACUUAACCCUGAGCCUUGAAAAACAAGUUUUUUGUUUGUUUGUUUUAACUUUUUUUUUUUCAUUCUCGCUGUAGAUAGCCUGAAUCCAAAGAAAACCAAAAGGGGUUAUCCAAGUAUUCCACACAAAAACAAAACAAAAAACCCUUUAGUGUUCCUACUUUAGUCACUCAUUUCUCAAUCCAAAGAUCAUGUUUCUAACGUAGUGUUGAAAGUCUUGAGAAAGUCUGGCCAAGUGUGGUAGUGUGCACCUAUAACCCCAGCACUUGCGAGAUAGAGGCAGGGGGACCUCUGUGAAUUCCAAGACAACCAGGGCUGUAUAGAAGACCUUUUCUCAAAAAGAAAAACUGUUGUAUCCAAAAUAUUUUUGUAUUGUAAUGCAUUACCAUAGAAAAGCUUUUUUAACAAUGAGAAUAAAGAAUCUUUUUACUUGGUUUUUCAAAGUCUGACUGAGUAGCUGUUUGAGUUAACGGUGAGGUGGCCUAACACUGCUGCUCUUGCAGAGAACCGGAGUUUGUUCCCAGCACCUGCAUGGCAGCUCUCAGCAGUGCCUACUAAUGCUCUUCUCUCUCUCACAAAACCUGAAGUGUAUCCCUUAGUAUGAACAAAGAUUCCAAGACUGCCAAUCUGCAAAAGCCAAAAAUCACAAUCAGUGUCUCUCGACAGACAGGGGCUUGGUCCUGACACCACAGCUGAGCUCACAUUCCAAGCUCUGCCUUUAAUCCGGACAGUACAAUCACGCAGGCCAGCCUACUCCCCAACACCCUUGGGCACCAAUGAGCUAGCGAGCAGCUGCCAUUCUGAUACUGAACAGUCCAACCUCAAGUGUACUCAGGAUCUACUGUCCUCUAAGGACAGAAAGAAGAAAAGCACUUCAAACUUAUUUAAAGAAAAAUACGCAGUCCAGUCUUAAAAUUUAUUGUCAUAAAAGCCCUACACAAAGAUUGCUAGAUUCUUAGGACUGUCUUUUUAAAGCACUUAAGUAUUAGACCUGUGAAGUUGGAAUGGUGACUACUUUUUUAGACAUAGGUACACCAUGUUACAGUACACUGUGCUGCUAAGUUGCAGAACUCUACCAUGAUGUUAUCAACACCACCCCAGUAGGUCAACCUAGAUACAUACUUAAUGUUCAAGGACAGCCACCAAACCAUUAUUCUGCAUUGCAGCUUUUAGUUCCCAAAGUACUUUUAUAGAACACUGGAAAUUGAAAUCUUGGACUUUAACCUUUUUCUGAGAGGAUGCUAAAGAUGACCAGGCAAUCUUUGGACAUUUGCAUUUGUCCCAUUUUAAAGAAUUCUGCUCUGGCUGUGAGCCUCGAUGUUUAAAAACAACAAAAAGACCUUGCAUUCUUACCAGGUUCAAGUUGGGGGUUUUGUAUCUGAUCUGGUGUAUCCUCUAGAGUACACUGAACAAUCCACUCCUUGUGGAGUGCAGAGCUGGUGUGUGUGUGGUGGGGACAAGACAUUGGCAACUUUGUUAGAAUUAAACCCUUUAGAAAAACUGACUCCAAAAAAACAAACUUUGAAUCCUUCCAAUUCACAGCACUACAUUCCUGAGACCUGAGGAGGUCUUAGGGACUUGACAAUGGAAACCUAAUUCCACUUCACAUACCACACCAAUCUCAUCACACAGCCAUCCGAGAACCAACCCAAUUUCUUAAGACAUUAGAGAACAAGAUCCCCUCUCCCCCAGACUUUGUAACCCAUUCCAAGACAAUAACUAGGACUCCCUGGAAUACGUUAUCUUAAAUACUCUUCUCAGCUACAAUUACUUCUCACUCUAUGCUGAAUGGACAGAGCUGAACCCUGCCAGCUGUCAAACAGCUUCAACUGAAGCCAUAUUUUCCAAGUUGAAGGCAGAAGUUUCCCUCUUUUCCAAGACCAGUUGACUGGACUCUUCCGAGAUACACGUGUAUCUCAAGUUCCUUUUGCAUGUGGAAGCCCAAGCCAGAUCUGUGCCUAUCUCUGUUGGGGAAACAAAGGGCAGGGAUAGGACGCCUAGCCUCAUAGAGAGGAACAGCGUAGCACUUUACAUUCUGCUCUUUCCUGCCUCUGAUCAUCAGCAAACAGAAGGCAGGAAUACAAGACCAUGUCAAAUCUGACUUGCCAGACUCGUAUCAAAGAAUUUAAGAGCCCCAAAUUAACUAAAGCUGAGGUGGCUUUUCUCUGUGAUUAGGAAGGCUAGGCUAGUUUCCUUGGGUUUCUUCAGAGAUUUCUUAAAGUUCCUUGGUGCUUCCAGUCCUAUAAUCUCACAACUUCAGAGGUGAACACACAAGGGAUAUACAUUGAGCUAGAAGCUAGCCUUGGCUACAUGAGGGAGGAGCACAGGAUGGAGGGAAGCUCUUCAGGCUUUGGGAGUUUAAAGUCAGGAAUAGCAACAACACACCAUAGGAUUCAAUGUUCAAGGCCUUCAAGUACAUAGUGAGACCCUACACCUUAAUAAAAAUGUCCUAUUUUUUACCUGUUUACAGCUAAACAGGUAAAUCCUAAGUGUGUGUGUGUGUGGGGGGGCACUGGAGGGGCUGUGUGCAAAAAUUAAAGCUGACCACCAGUCACAGGAGUUUGAAGCAUUGAGAAGCACUGCAUUGUAGGUGGCAGCUAGGCACUUUGUUUGGGUCCAGACAAAAUUUGACACUCCUCAGUUCUAGCUGGCAAUCACCAGUCUAACACAAUAAAAUGCAUUCCCCUAAUUAAGCCUAAAGGUUGCUCAAGAACAAGUUCCCUGUCUGGGGACAUAGCUCCAUUUGUAGAGUACUUGCCUGGUAUAUACAAAACCCUGGGUUCAAAUCCAAGGCUGUGAGCGUCCUCUCAUUCACAUCCAGCACCUAACUUGUGUACUUCUUGAGGUUUCUCACUUCUGAUCCAGUGAUGCUAAGUACUGCCCUAAGUAAGGCCUGCCAUCAAGUGGUCAAGUCCUGGAUCAACUAUCAUAAAAACAGACUGAAAGACUAAAACAACAGCAACCUGCUCAGGGCCAUGCAGUGGAGGCUCAGUCCAGCUUCAAGUCAGCCUUCAUGUCAAAGUCUAAAAGGGGGAGGGAGCAGUGCAGUGGUGGCUUACAUAGCAAGUUUCAGGACUGCCAAGGCUGUCUUCAAAUUAAUGAAAGAAAGAAAAGGGAAAGCAGCAAUGUGUAAAUGCACACCGAAGAGUAAGGUCCAGCCGCUCUGGGGGAGGGGUGGGAAGCACUUGGUAGACAUAGUAAAGAAAGGAGAGCUGGCCAGAUGGCUCAGCUGGUAAAAGUGCUGCCAAGUAUGCCAACUUGAGUUCAACCCCCAGGUCCCACAAUUCCUGAAAGUUGUCCUUUGACUUCAACAUAUGCAUACUUAUGAACAUAUGAACACACAAAGAAAGAAAUGAGUAUCUGACAGGAAGUGGCAUAAACUGCCAGCAUGGAAAAGGUCUCAACACCAGACCUAGAACCUGUUUGGUGAACAGUGGACACAAAUUGCCAAUUUUCCCUCAGAUAAGCUAUCAGAUCUAUUCAUCUGAAUCCUAUAAUUAUUUUCCAUUUGUCUAAAAGAAUAGGAGUCAUGUUAGCAGAAUUCAGCUUCUUGGCAAAUACAAGUUUGAUAUGAGUCAAUAUAGUAUUUUAUAUAGUAAAAGAUAUCUGAGAGCCAUCAGGAAAGAGGACUAGGCUAUAGUUUCCAAAGUCAAGGAGAGAACACAAACUCAGCAUACCUCCGCUCAUUUUACCUUUUAAAUACAGAUAGUGAUGUCCCUACUCCUACUGCCAUUCUCACAAAAUCCUGGGCUUACUAAAUCUCAAGGCAGCAUGACAUCAAUGCUAACACUCCCCCAUCCCACACACACCCCAAUUCCAGCCCUUAGAGAUGCUAGGGUAAGACUUCUAUGUCCAUGAAUUGAGAUCAGCCUGGGCCAUAUAGCAAGACCUGGCAUUUCCACUCCUGGUCUCAAAAGGCUCACCCACAGGUUUUUCCUAGAAAUUGACACUUGCUUUAUAAACACGAUAUGUAACAAUAAUCCUAGAGCUUUAGUAAAGACUUGGGUUUGUCCUGACACAAGCAGGGUUACAAAGCUGGGUAAAUGUGUUAUAACAGUAACUGGCAAGUGAAAUACUCCAGCUAACAUUGGACUAUCAUCUUCCUUCUUUCCUAAACCAACAAAAUGGGGUGGGGGGAAGGCUUAAAUUUCUUCAGAAAGCCAGAUAUUUUAUACUUUUUGAUCUAUUUUCAUAUAUAUAUUUGGGGGGGGGGGGUGUUUUGUUUUCCUAGACUAGUCUCUUUGUGUAACCUUGCUGUCCUGGAACUAGUUCUAUAGACUAGGCUGUCCAUGAACUCAAGAGAACCCCACUGUCUCUGCCUCCUGAUUAAAGGCAUGUGUCACCACCAUCUGGCUAUUUUAAAAUUUUUAUUAGUGUGUGUGUGAGUGGGUGGGGGUGUGUUUUUGUGUCAUGCAUGCAAGUAGCAGAGCACCCACAGGAGUUAGUUUUCUCCUUCCAUUCUGUAGGUUCCCAAGAUCAAACUCAGUUUCAUCAGUCUUGGGGGCAAGUGCUUUCAUCUACUCAGCCAUCUCAUAGGCCCUAUUUAUUUUUGCUUUUCACAACAAGGUUUCUCUGUGUAGCUGUGGCUAUCCUAGAACUCCCUUUGUAGACCAGGUUGGCCUCAAACUUGAAAGAUAUGCCUGCCCCUGACUUCUGAGUUCUGGAAGGCAUGUGCCACCACUACUUUGCUGCAUUUUUAAUAUUUUAACAAAGGUUUCAAAUUCAAAUGUAAAGACCAUCUUACAAAGAUGGCAGAACCAGACUAGAACAAGAUGACAGGUAUGUUAUUUUAUCUAUGUAUUGAAAAUAAAUGGGAACAAAAAAUGGUGGUGUGCAUCUCAAAUUCCCAAUGCUCUCAAAGAUGAGGCAAGAGGACCCUACCCCGAGUCAAUGCCAGCCUAGACAUACAUAGUUAAACCUAAUCUGAGAAUAAAGAAAGUGGGGAUUAAAAGGCAACAUUUAAGGCUUUGCUAGGGAAGAGCCAAGUUGCUGUGUAAAGUGAUAAUCUAGGCCAGCAUGCUUCACAGCAACUGUAACGAGAAUGUAAAGUAACGGGAUUAUCAUUAGCUAGCAAAAACACAAAAUAAAUGGGAGCCUCAGUAGGAAAAGGCAGUGUCUAGCAAUGGGGCUCAGAGGGAGAGCACUUAAUGUGUGCAAAGCUCUUAGUGUUCAAUGUCCAGCAUUACAAAAUAAAGGGGAAAAUCUACCAUAAAGGAAGCUAAAAAUAGUGGCUGAGCAGUUACGUCUUAAGAACUAAUCACUGGCCAGGCAGUUUGAGGCCAGCCUGGUCUACAGAGUAACCCUGCCUCAAAAAACCAAAUCACCGGGUAUGGUGGCGCACGCCUUUACUUCCAGCACUCGGGAGGCAGAGGCAGGCGGAUUUCUGAGUUCGAGGCCAGCCUGGUCCAGAGUGAGUUCCAGGACAGCCAGGGCUACACAGAGAAACCCUGUCUCAAACCCCCACCCUCCACCCCCUCAAAAAAACAAAAAACAACAAAAAAAACCCACUUGAAUUUUUUUUUCUUUUGCUUUUGAAGACAGGGUUUCUCUUUGUAGCCUGGGCUUUCUAGAAUUUCCUUUGUAAACCAGGCUGACCUUACAAGUGCUGGGAUUAAAAAAGAUGUGGGUACUAUCUACAACCAUUCAGCAAGAUUCUCUACAAUUAAAAAAUAACCAAAUGGGCUGGCUAGAUGGCUCAGAGGGUAAGAGAUCAUGAGUGCAAAUCCCAGCAACCACAUAGUUGCUCACAACCAUCUGUAAUGAGACCUGAUGCCUUCUUCUGGUGUGUCUGAAGAUAGCUACAGUGUUCUUAUGUAUAAUAAACAAAUCUUUAAAAAAAAAAAACCUUAAUUCAUUAAGAAACACAUUUACAUCCACAAAAGCAACUGUUUACUACCUAUUGUACUACUUUUUAUUGAAAAGCAUCUUGCACUUAGGAUGGCUGUUUUCUGAGUUUUACCAUACACUUUAAUGUUAAAAGGUUAAAUUAAUUUUUACAUGCAAGUAGUGUUUCUCCACCUGGGAACAAUGAUGAUAAAAAGAUGACAUACCACAUGAAGUAAGUGUCUUUUUUAAUUGAAAAGCUAACAAAUUGUUGAGUUACAGUUCCCACUCCAAAACCACAAACUGGGUAGUAAACUAAAUCUCUAGGCAACAUAUUCAAAGCUGAGAAGAUUAAAAAAAAAAAAAAGAAAAAAAAAAAGAAAAAA